GCCGGUGUGUCCAGUCUCUAGGCAGCCUCCGCCCGUGUCGUAUCGUUAUUUCCGUUUCCUUAGUAUAGUGUUUAACGCUUUAAUUUCUAGUCUCGCGUAAUCCUCUACAAGUUCAUCACACGUUACGUACACACACUCGUAUUCUAUCGUUUCCAUAGACACACACACACACAUACACACACAUACACACGUACACGCGUAUACACAGGUUUGGCGCGCAUAUAUGUAUCACGGCGUGUACACGUACUCCCGGGCCCGUAUUUUCAUUUCACGACGAACGCGAGUACAUUGGCGGCCCGCGGUCCACCGGAUGGUUCUGCUCGUAGCUGUCGUGUCCGCGUCGCUGGCAAAAUAGUGAGAUCACAGGAAGCGAGCAUAAAUGCCGAUUAACGAGCGCUCGCGUCGUACUUUUCUUUCAUUGAUUUCCCCUUCUGUUCCGGGCGGCGGUGCGAGAGCGUGAUAGUAGUAGGUGAACCAUAGAGAAAGAGUUUUAGAGAUCAGGGACGAAGCGCGAGAGAAGCGAUAGACGCCGCAUAAACGCACAGGGCAGGUUCGCUGCUUGAGGUGCUCGGGGUUCCGCGUGUGUGCAUUCUCGGGGGAGAAAAAAAAGCGAUAAACGACGUCGAAGGAAAACAACCGGGUUGGAGAGAAGUGUCGCGGAAAGGAAAGUGUUUCUCUCUGUGUCGUUUGCUGUGUGUGUAUGUGUGUGUCUCGUGUGCUUUCGCGUACAUCGAUAAGGUAGAUAGCGGAUCCGGAAAGGAGGUGAAGAAUUAAACAGAUUUCGUACGUAGUUAGAGACGAUCCGGUAGAAGAGUGCAAUGAUGGCGAACGGAAUGGACACGGUUGUGCAACAAAACGGUGGUUCCAACCUCGGGCAUGCCCCGCAGGAAGAGUCCAAGACGAACCUGAUCGUCAACUACUUGCCGCAGAGCAUGAACCAGGAUGACAUCCGUUCACUCUUCUCCAGCAUAGGCGAGGUGGAGAGCUGUAAAUUGAUCCGCGACAAAAUCACCGGUCAGAGUUUGGGUUAUGGUUUUGUUAACUAUCACCGGCCGGAGGACGCUGAGAAGGCCAUAAACACGCUCAAUGGUCUUCGUCUGCAAACCAAAACGAUCAAGGUGUCGUACGCGAGACCGAGCAGCGAGGCGAUCAAAGGCGCGAACCUUUACGUCAGCGGUCUGCCGAAGAACAUGACGCAACAAGACUUGGAGAAUCUGUUCUGCCCUUACGGCAGAAUCAUCACGUCGCGGAUACUUUGCGACAACAUCACCGUUCGACAGAUUCUGACCGGCGGCGGAGACUAUUUGCCCGGAUUGUCGAAGGGGGUCGGUUUCAUAAGGUUCGACCAGCGGGUCGAGGCCGAGAGGGCGAUCCAAGAAUUAAACGGUACCAUUCCGAAGGGCUCGACCGAGCCGAUCACCGUCAAGUUCGCCAACAAUCCAAGCAACAACAACAAGGCGAUACCGCCGUUGGCCGCCUAUCUGGCUCCGCACGCGACCCGACGAUUUGGCGGCCCGAUCCACCAUCCAACCGGCCGCUUCAGCACUGGCAAGGCCAUGCUUGCCAUUAACAAAGGCUUACAGAGGUAUAGCCCGCUAACAGGCGAUCUAUUGGCGAACUCGAUGCUGCCCGGACACGCGAUGAACGGAUCCGGCUGGUGCAUCUUCGUCUACAAUCUGGCGCCGGAGACCGAGGAGAACGUGCUGUGGCAGUUGUUCGGUCCGUUCGGCGCCGUCCAGUCGGUCAAAGUGAUCCGCGACCUCCAGACGAACAAGUGCAAGGGGUUCGGUUUCGUGACGAUGACCAACUACGACGAGGCGGUGGUCGCCAUACAGAGCCUGAACGGUUACACGCUCGGUAACCGGGUACUCCAAGUCAGCUUCAAGACGACCAAGAGCAAGGCGUCGUAGGACAAGCAACAACAACGCAAACAACUCCACGCAACCACAGCCACGAACGCGGACACGGACACGGGUUCGAACACAAACACAAACACGAACAUGAACACGAACACGGAUCUAACCACGACCACGAACACGACCACGAACACGAACACGAGUACGACCACGAACACGGACGUGAUCGUUUCAUCGACCGCCGCCACGGCCUCGGGGACGUCCGCGACCGCCGCGAUCGCUGUGAUCACGACGCCAUCGCCGAGGACCGUCGAGGCGCUCGCGGCAAUCGCGCAUGCUUCCAGUAAGAAGAUGGACCACCAACCGAACCAACUAACUCGUUAUAGCGUCAGGGGCGCGGUGUACCGACCGCCGCGCAAUUACGAGUACUUGUACGACUUGAUAACCGACUCCGAUUUCGACACGCCGGACGAGAACUGCUGGUUGUCAGCCUGCUUCGACGAAUGAGGCCCGGAGGUAUCGUUAGACCAGGAUACGACCACGACGACGGGAUCCCUGUUACGUCGAUGGGCUACGAUGUCGCGGAACAAGACGGGGUGAGAGGGAGAGAGAGAUAGAGAGGUGUGCAAAACGUGCACGUGUGCGUGUAUGGCGAGAUAGAGAGGCCGUGAGUAUGGGUUACGUGCUGCGUGUGUGCGUGUGUAUGUAUGUGGGCCAGAAGGGGGUAGAGUUCGGGGGUCGAGGAGGAAACCGACGGGGCAAGUAGAUCUCGUGGACCGUGGCUGCGGAGACAACCUGUGGAGGAACUUGGCAUUUUCUUUCCGUUCUGCUCCCCGUUGUCCCUCUCUUUUUUCGGGCAGCUCGACACACGGUAGCUUUACGGGCCCUGCCGUUGCGUGUGGCGAACGAAAUUCUAUUCCAAUUCUGCUGGGAACCUCUUCCGGGGGAAGGCCACAGAACGCCUGAAACGAAGCAGCGCCAUCUAGAAUAACAGCGCCAUCUAGAGCAGCCAUUAAGAAGGCACACGUUUGUACGAGCGUUUCUUUCACUGUUUUUUCGUACGCAGAGUCCCACACGCCACGGAACGGCCCUGUAUCUGUAUAAUAAUACGUGCGCUGGUGCACAUGGGGGGUAGUUUCCGGCGAGGAUCGAUGAAAGUAGCGCGAGGGCUGCGUAGAACCGGGGGAGGUGGACGGGGAGAGAUACGAUCACCGGGGGAGCUCGCGACACGCGAUAAAGGACGCGUGGUCGCGACUUCCGGUGCUCGUUUCUUUUACACCUCCGUUCCCCCCUCCCCUUGCACGACACCAAAGAGUCACCGACGUCAGGCUGUGAGCAUGAAACGGAAUUCGACGCGAAAAUAACGAGCAUCGAUCGACGAGGUUCCGGAAUUAACACUUUACCGGUCGGUAAGCGUUGGUCGGUAAAAAAGUUGAUUAGUACGCUAUCGGUCGGUAAUGUGUUGGUCGGUAAAAAGGUCGAUUAAUAGGCUAUCGGUCGGUAAUGUGUUAAGAACCUCCGAGCCGCGUUCUCGGCUCGACCGGAAGCGGAGGAUCGUUGGGAGGUCGAGGGCUGCGCGGGAACGUGGCUUUUCCACGCCUUUCCGAUCGAAUUCCCUUCGCAGUGAUCUCAUCGAAGCCACGGAUCCCGCGUUUCGAGGACGUGGCUGCUACCCCUUAACGCUCGAACAGGUUUCAAGGUCUCACACGCACAGAUCAUUCGUCUUCUGAGGUUGUGGGAACGUACAUUCUGCAGUUUCGGGCGGUCCGCGUAUUUUUAACGGGAUGAAGAGAGAAAUAGGAGGGCGUAACCGCGGUUGAAAACCGUGCACGAUAUAUUUUAUAACAGGGGCAACACAGUUUUAGAUUCUCGAUUAUUGAAAAGAGUAAUAGCGCGCGUCUGACGGCGCGGGGGGUGUAAUCAAUCUCUAAAGUAGACAACAAGGCACUAUAAGAACGAAGACUGAACCGAAGUAACGCUGGUUUGUUCAUUCGAUGUACAAGGAUUGGCGGCCAGACUGAAACGGACGAGCGUUGAGGGGUCGAGACGAUUCUAAACGAGGCAUCUCGCGUUCAAAAUGGCGGACUAGAAGUGUGGGUGGUUGUAUCCAAUCGAAACACGGAACGUGCACGAGGCAAACCCGAGUUAAACAUAAUCCAGUCUACGUAGAAACGAUAUUUCUAUUGCAAAGUAUAGACAAAGGGAAAUGAAAAUUGCACAUUGUUUGAAUGUGUGUUGAACGCGUCUGUGAACGUUCCGUGGACAAAAUGGACGAUGUAGAUCGUGUCUGAUGCGAAAGAAAGGAUGGACAGGCCGUGAGGCGAGAACGGGACGGGGACAAGAUCGAUCUAUCGAUCAGCGAAGUAGUUCUCUCGCGCGCGACUUACGCGGAAACCAAAGAAAAAUUUAAAGAGAACGAUGAACGUACUUAAAUCUUAAUCCUCCGUAUUUAAAAUCCGUAGUUGAAUUUAAGACGUCGACGAGUACCGGAAAGACGAAUUAUAUAUUAUCGUACGCUAUUUAAGGAGAUACUUUUUAGGGGCUCACGUGCAUACGAGAGAUCUCGAUAGAUCCCGCGGUAAUAAACGAGGACAUCGAGACGCUCGACCCGAGUUUUUUUUACGUUCGUUCGGUUACGUAAAACUGUACUUUUUUUCGUUGCUAGUCAAGCUCUUGUACUUCUCUGUCGGUUCUGGCCAAAGAGAUCCGCAGCUGGUCGCGUUGGUCAAAAUGCGAGGACCUUAUUUUCAUUAUUUGUUUUCUUUUUUUUUUUUUCUUCUUUACGUAUAGGCGAGAUGUGUUAGCUAUAGUACAAAGUGCAUUCUCGAGCGCGCAGUCUGAUUUUACCCGGAGCUUUUUCUGUAUAAAAAAAAAAAUAGUCCCUUCGAGUGUGCACCGUUUCGUAGGAAACUCGUUGGCGCCUUUUUUUAAAAAAAAAAGAACGCGCUUGCGCGACAGGGACGUGUGUGAAAGGGAACCGCCGUUUCGCGGCCGAAAUACUCCAAUUUUUAUAAAACGCCGAACGGGUUCGUUCGCUUACUUUUCUUUUUAAAAAUACAAAGAUAAAAAAAAAGAUAAAAAAAAAUAUAUAUAUAUAAAAAAAAACACAAGUCUAACGUACAAAACGAUAUUCGAUGAACGAGAUGUGCUUGCAAUAUUAUCAUCGUACACGCUCGAGACGGUGCACGGUCAAUGUGAUACAGAUCGAGGGGGGGCGAACGAAUGAUCCCGUCGAUCGUCGCAACGCGUGUCUAGUCUACGUGCAAAGGGGGCGCUGUACGCCGCUGAACGCGAGUAAACGACUCUCCACGGGGAAAAAAGAAAAAAAAAAAAAACGACAGAUCUUUUUAGAGUAUUAAGGUUAAUCAGACAGGAUCGAUAAGAAGGCGCGAUUUAGGCGGUACGAUGCGUAAGGUAAGCGAAACCGGUGUCGCUCGCGCGAAUCCCAACGACUAAAAUAUCAGGAACAAAGCUUGAAGAAUUUU